CGCCCACUUAGCUUGCCAGCUCUUCUGUUAACACUACAAACACCAAACCACAGCACACACAGCUAGCUAAGUUAGCUAACAAGUUUGUGUGUGUGAGUGUGUGUCCUCCAGGCUGUGAUGGCAGCAGUUGGAACCCCGGCGCCAAAGGUCACUGACUGUGUGACCAAGGUGGCGCUGAGCAUCACCUGUGAGAAUCUGCUCGACAUGGAUGCAUUCUCAAAGUCUGACCCUCAGUGUGUGCUCUUCAUGAACAGCUCUGGGCCUCACUGGUGUGAGAUUGGCCGGACAGAGAAAAUCGAGAACUGCCUCAAUCCCAAGUUUUCCAAGACUUUUGUCGUUGACUACUACUUUGAGAUGGUGCAGAAGCUGAGGUUUGAAAUAUACGACAUUGACACCGUCAACUGCAGUCUGAAAGAUGCUGACUUCCUGGGAGAACUGGAGUGUACCUUGGGACAGGUUGUGUCCUCAAGUAAACUAACAAGACCACUUGUCAUGAAGGACAAGAAACCUGCAGGGAAGGGUACCAUUACUAUAUGUGCCGAAGAAAGAACAGACAACAGAGUGGUGGAUUUUGAAGUUCAAGGUAGAAAACUGGAUAAAAAGGAUUUCUUUGGCAAGUCCGACCCGUUCCUGGAAUUUUACAAGCCGACAGAAACUGGAUGGCAGCUUGCUCACAGGACAGAGGUGAUCAAAAAUACCCUAAACCCAGUAUGGAGACCAUUCCGAAUCCCACUGCAGUCACUCUGUGGAGGUGACGUGGAGAAAUCGAUAAAGGUAGAGUGUUAUGACUACAACAGCAGCGGAUCUCACGACUUUAUUGGAUCCUUUGAGACCACACUCUCCCAAAUACAGCAGGCAACACAAACAUAUGCGGCUGAGUUUGAAUGCACCAAUAGUAAGAAGAAACAGAAGAAGAAAGGAUACAAAAACUCUGGUAUUAUCGUUGUAAAAAAAUGCAAGAUAGUGAAGGACUAUACCUUUCUGGAUUACAUAAUGGGCGGCUGUCAGAUUAACUUCACUAUUGCUAUUGAUUUCACAGGCUCCAACGGGGCUCCCACCUCCCCUCAGUCCCUCCAUUACAUCAACCCUCAGGGCUAUAAUGAAUACCUGGCAGCUAUCUGGGCAGUGGGUAAUGUCAUCCAGGACUACGACAGUGACAAGUUGUUCCCUGCUUUUGGAUUUGGAGCCCAGCUUCCUCCUUCGUGGCAGGUCUCCCACGAGUUUCCCAUCAACUUCAACCCAUCAAAUCCGUUUUGUGCAGGUAUAGAGGGUGUUGUCCAAGCCUACCAGCAGUGCCUGCCCCAGGUGAAGCUUUACGGUCCCACAAACUUUUCCCCAAUCAUCAACCACGUAGCCAAUUUUGGCCUACAAGCCUUACAGCAGAAGACGGCCUCUCAAUACUUUGUUCUGCUGAUCAUCACUGAUGGAGUGAUCACAGACAUGGAUCAGACGCGCAGUGCCAUCGUCAACGCCUCUCGUCUGCCCAUGUCCAUCAUCAUUGUUGGAGUAGGGGGGGCGGACUUCAGUGCCAUGGAGUUCCUGGAUGGAGACGAUGGAAUGUUACGCUCUGCUGCAGGCGAGGCUGCCCUGCGGGACAUCGUGCAGUUCGUGCCAUUCAGGCAGUUCCAGAAUUGUCCUCAAGAAAUGCUUGCUCAGAGCGUCUUGGCAGAAGUACCAGGUCAGGUGGUGAGCUUCUUCAGUAUGAUGAGUUUAAGGCCACCUCACAGCGACACACCUCUCCCUGACCUCUCAGCAUCUGCCCCUUCCAGUGAUGUAUCCUGAGGACCAACGAUUCUCCUCAGAAUACCGCAUGAGCAUGCAACAUCUACUCUGGCUGCCAUGCUACAAUUUAUAUAUACUAUGUUCCAAUAGUAUAAAGCCAUAGGAUACUGAUAUUGUCAAACAUCCUAACAUGUAGAUAGUUAAUGUGACACUAACAUAUGACUUUAUGUAACUCAAGUGCCAAUAUUAUUAAGACUUUAGGUAACAGUUUGUUAGGUGCACAGUUUGAUUGGACUGCACAGUCUCCAAGGCAUUAAUUGAAACUAGUGUGGCUUGACUCGAGGUCUUUGGUUUUUGUGGAAAAAUUGCAGCAGCUAGUAACAUCUAUCUCAUUAGUCAGAAUGUCUACAUGAAAGGGUGGGAGUACUUAAUGUGUUCUCCAUGGUUCUGCUAAUAUCGGUGUUUCCUCCAGCAUGUCAUCAUAUUACAAUGUCCACUUGUUUGUUGGUCCCUGGGAAAUGAAGCUGUACACAUUUCUAAUGAAAUCAUAGACAUUGGACAAAGCAAUGACUAUAUCAGAUACAAUUUGCUAAUGUUUACAUAAUGGAUUAAUAAGUUUGCCUAAAUGCCUUUUGUAGAUUUUACACACAAAAAAACGUACACUGUGUCCCCACUGUGGUUUUGUACUUUAGUCAGUUUCUUUAAAAAAAAAAUGUAUUCAGUUCCAUAUUGUUUACUUAGAGUUGAAUACGUAUAAUAUUUGAGACAAUAUUCAAUCAGGUUUCCGUGAACGUCAUAGUACUGAAUCUUCUCUAAUCAAAGUAACAAUUGACCCUUUACUUAAAGCUAA